AUGCUCUCGUUCAAUGCCAAAGCAGAGCAGCUUCGCCUGAGAUGCGGCCGCCGCGCACGGGUCAUGCGACUGGCCGCCAAGGCAUUGGUACGGAGACCGGAGCCACCACCCAGAUUGCCGGAGGAUCUCUGGGAGGAGAUUGCCCGCCUCGCAUGCGUUGACGGAGGGUAUACGGGUUGCUCGCUCUCCCUCACUUCAAAGUACAUUCGCGGUGCCACACGGGGCAUGCGCUUCUACUCCGUCAGUCUCACGUUCCGCCAGUCCCGCCUCCAAGCUACCCAUUUCCUCGCUUGUCUCGAAGCAGAGACCGCUCGCUGUGGCCCAGAACGCACGCGCCAGCCCCUCGUCCGCCACCUCUACCUCGCCUCUCCGAAGUACUCUGCACACUCGGAACUCUCAACCAGAUGGGAGUACAAAUUGGCCGUCAGCGGCAUCCUGCGCCUCGUCGCCCCACGCCUCCACUCUCUCGUGCUCGCCAGGGGGGUCCCCGACUUCAACAACCGGCGCCCCGGCCUCGACGACUCCGUCUACCUCCCCCUGCCCGACUUCCUCGCCACGAAGCCCUUCCCGGAGCUCCGCGAGCUCUACCUCGUCGGCCGGCACACCGUCGCCGCGCGCGACAUGCCCCCCUUCGCGCCGAGCCCGACCGUCGCCGCGACCGUGCCCCUGCCCCACUCCCAGGCGACGGCCGCGGGCGGCGGCGCGGCCCCGCGCCCGACGCGCGUCGACAACACGCUCCCGAAGCUCACCCACCUCGAGGUCCCGAUGCACGGCAGGCUGCCGCUGUGGGACUGGGCGCUGUGGCGCGCGCGCGGCGCGGCGCUCACGCACCUGCGCAUCACCGACUUCGGCACGUACACGCUCGACGCGAACUUCAAGCACCUCCUCCCGCUCGUCAUGCCCGUCCCCCGGACGCGAGGGCGGGGAGGCGAGGGCGGCUUCGCGGGCACGGCGAUGCCGGAGCUGCAGACGCUGCUCGUCCAGGCGAAGCCGCCGCUGCCCAGGAAGGAGACGCUGUACUACGGGCACUCGCACGUCCGGCCCCUCGAGGCCCUGCACGCCUUGGAGUCUGGCCCGCGCUGGGGCCUCGUCCCGGUGCGCAGGCGCAAGGACCGCAUGAAGAUGUCCCAGCGGCUGUUCCACCAGGAGCGAUGGGUGGCGGAGGAGAUCCGCGACUGGCGCAGCAGGCUCGAGGGCGGGCCUGGCCGCUGGCGGGUCGAGGAGGCCUGGUUCGAGAAGUCGGCGCGGUGCUGA